AUUUUUCAGGUGGAGUAUCCAAUAGAUGUUUCACCUAGCAGAGAUGAGCACUUCAAGAAAUGGAAAUACAUGUCCUACAACUUCACUAUGGCCUUUUUAUGGACAACCCAUCUCGUCAAAUCACAAGAAUCAUCGACUAAAGGCGUGUUCGAUCUGUAUUUGGAUGAGUUUGAUGAAGCAUGGACUUCCCAAAUACCUGGCUUUGAUUACGUGAUGAUCUCGUCCGGCCAAUGGUUUCUUCACCCGCUGUAUUUCCACGAGAACGGCCGAGUCAUCGGCUGCCACGACUGCUUCCUCGACAAUGUCACCGAGCUGGGAAUCUACCAUGGCUAUAGAAAGGCCUUCAGAACAGCUUUCAAAGCCAUUCUCACCUCAGAGAGCUUCAAGGGCAUCACUUACUUGAGGACAUUUGCUCCAGCACACUUUGAGAAUGGGCCGUGGAAUCAAGGAGGGAACUGUUUGAGAACAGAGCCAUUCAAGAGCAAAGAUUCAGCAUUGGAAGGUAUGAACUUGGAGCUUUACAUGACUCAAAUGGAGGAGUUUAGGAGAGCUGAGAGAGAAGGGAGAAAGAAAGGGAUUAAGUUCAGGUUGCUUGAUACAACGCAACCCAUGUGGCUUAGACCAGAUGGACACCCGAGUCAAUAUGGGCAUUGGCCUCAGGGGAAUGAGAGCUCGUUGUUUAAUGAUUGUGUUCAUUGGUGCCUGCCUGGUCCUAUU